CAAAACCUUUCUCUCUAUAAACCUCAUGAGGCAAUCAGGCAUCAAACCAGAUUCAACCACGUUCCUCACUGCCCUUUCAGCCAUUCGGUCGAAUCUCUCUCUACAACAAGGCAAGUGUCUCCAUUGCCUGGCUGAGAAGAGUGGAUGUCUAUCUCAUGUUUCCUCUGCAACUUCUCUCUUCACCAUGUACGCGAAUACAGGUGAAUUGGGUUCUUCUUGGUUUCUCUUUAAAAGCCUUCCUUUCAAAGAUUUGGUGGCUUGGAACUCAAUGAUUGCUGGUUUACGAAGGAAUGGGUGUUAUGAAGAAGCCUUGGAUUUGUUCAGGCAAAUGCAAAUGGACAAUGUGGGGAUUGAUUCCGCUACUUUGGUAAUUGUUCUCCCUGCAUUAUCCCAUUUGCGACUUCUGACUUUGGGUAUGUCCAUUCAUGGGUUUAGUUUAAGGCAUGCAUUGGACUCCGGGUUUUCAGUGGAAAAUGCUCUCAUUGAUUUGUAUGCAAAGUGUAGGGAUUUGAGGAGUGCAAAUACCAUUUUUGAGAGAUUGCAUUUUAGAGAAACUGAAGCUUGGAAUACGAUGAUUUGGGGGUGUUUACAUUGCCAAAAGUCUGAAAAUUCCAUUGGGUUUUUCAAAAAAAUGGUAUUAUCCAAUGCCAUGCCAGAUUCAAUAACUCUAUCGGUCAUAAUUUCAGCCUGCCAUGAUUUAGGGAACCCAAACAUUGGAAAGUCUAUUCAUUGUUGGGGAUUCAAAAGAGGGUUUGGGAAUGCUCAUAUUUCUAUGUGUAAUUCGCUCAUUUCAUUUUACUCAAAAAUCAAUGAUAUUGAAUAUGCUUGUAAGGUCUUUGAAGGAUUGGUUUCUAGGGACUUGGUCUCUUGGAAUUCAACGAUCAAUGCUUUCAUAGAGAAUGAAAGAGUUUCAGAAGCUUUUGGCCUUUUGGAAGAGAUGGAAUCAGAUGGUUUCAAGCCUGAUUUGGUUACUGUGGUGAUUCUAAUUUCACAUUGCUCAAAAUCAAAACUGUUGGAGCAUGGCCAGUUUAUACAUGGAUUUGUGAUUCGAAGAGAAUUGGGUUUGGAUUUGACUGUGAUUAACAGUUUGAUAGACAUGUACACAAAAUGCUCUGAUAUAAAAUCAGCAAUGUUGCUUCUUGAAAGGAUGGAUGAGAGAGAUUUGAUCACAUGGAACACCAUGAUUGCGGGAUAUUCAGAUAAUGGCCUUUCAAGAGAUGCCGUGAUUCUUUUUCGAGAUUUGCUGAAUUCUAGUCAGAGAUGUAACCUAGCUACUUUAAUAGGUGUUCUUUCCUGUUGUGACUGUUUAGAGUCACUUGCAUUUGGGAGAUUAAUCCACUCUUGGGAAAUCAAAUCGGGUUUUUCACAAAACGUAGCUGCCCAAAAUGCCACCGUCUUCAUGUACAUAAACUGUGGAGAUUUAGAAUCUGGGCUGUCAGUGUUCGAGGACAUUUCUGUGCAAGAUGUGGUUUCAUGGAACACGGUUAUAGUUGGAUGUGCACAAACUGGAUUUUGCAGAAAAGCCUUGGAAACCUUUGACCAAAUGCUUCUUAUACCUAUAAAUCCGGACCCUAUUACCCUUGUGAGUGUUUCUAGUGCUUGUGGUGAGCUCAAACUUCUAAACCGAGGCAUAUGGGUUCAUGGAUAUGUACUCAAAAUUGGACUGGAAUUCAAUCUCCAUCUAAUCAAUGCAUUACUAUCUAUGUACUGCAAAUGCAAGGAUAUCAAAAGUGCAGAGCUUAUAUUUGGUAGUAUCCCUAAUCAAAGAAAUCUAUGCUCAUGGAAUUCAAUGAUAUCUGGUUAUGCACAGAACAAACAACCCCAUAAAGCCAGAGAACUCUUUUAUCAAAUGGAUUUCGAGCCAAAUGAGAUGACCCUGGCUAGUGUUUUAUCAGCAUGUGCUCAACUAGGAGACUUCAAACUAGGGGAGCACAUACAUGAUCAUAUUACUCAAAAUGGGUUUGAACAAAAUGCUUUUGUAUGCACUGCCCUCAUAGAUAUGUACGCCAAAUGUGGAAGGUUAGAAGAAGCAAUUCAGAUAUUCAAAGAUGUUAGAGAGAGAAGCAUCGUGUGUUUGAAUGCAAUGAUUGGGGCUUACGGGCUUCAUGGUUAUGGAAGAGAAGCACUCUCUCUCUUCUCAGAGAUGCUUUCUUUAGGGGUGAAGCCAAAUGAAAGCACUUUCAUCAGUGUUCUCAGGGCUUGCAGCCAUUCAGGCUUGGUAGAUGAGGGCUUGGCUCAUUUUGACUUAAUGUUUAAGGGCUUCGGAGUGAGCCCAAGUACUGAGCAUUACGUGUGUAUAGUGGACUCACUUAGUCGGGCCGGUAGGCUUAAAGAGGCUUGUGAGUUUAUUAAGGCAAUACCUAGGGAGCCUAAAGCAGGGGUUUGGGGUGCUUUGUUAAGUGGGUGCAAAGACAAUGGUGAUCUUGAGAUUGGAAGGUUUGCUGCCGAGAGGGUAUUUGGCUUGGAGUCUGAAAAUGUUGGCUAUUACAUAUCGCUUUCGAACAUAUAUGCAGCUGAGAGAAGAUGGGGAGAUGUAGUAGAGAUUAGGUCGAGGAUCAAGGAGAAAGGGUUGAGAAAGAUUGCAGGCUUUAGUGUUGUCGAUGCUUGGUAGCACUCUCUAUCUCUCUCUCUU